AUGGAGGACAAAACCAAUCUGGUUGUUAGGAGGGCUUUACAAGCACGUGUGGAGGAGCCUUUGGCACCACAAAGACAACACAUUUUCAUCACCAAAUGCAAGGUUGGUGGCGAGGUAUGUGAUUUAAUUAUAGAUGGGGGUAGUGAGGCAAAUACUGUGUCAAAAACUUUAGUGUCUAGACUUGGUCUUACAACCACUAACCAUCCACAUCCUUACAAGUUGAGUUGGUUAGAUUCAAAUUCUAGUACGGGGGUUAGAAAACAAUGCAUGGUUAGUUUUUCUAUUGGUUCCUAUCAUGAUAGUCAAUUGUGUGAUGUUGUGUCAAUGGAUGCUUGUCAUAUUCUACUUGGUAGGCCAUGGCAAAUGGAUAGAAAGGAUUUUGAGGAUGUCUUUCCAGAUGAAUUACCUAUUGGGUUACCACCCUUGAGAGGAAUUGAGCAUCAAAUUGAUCUCAUUCCAGGCGCACCUUUACCAAAUAAACCUGCCUAUAGAUGUAACCCUUUAGAAACUAAGGAGUUACAACGUCAAAUAGAAGAGUUGAUGGGUAUGGGUUAUGUUCGAGAGUCUAUGAGUCCGUGUGCUGUUCCUGCUCUUUUGGUUCCAAAAAAGGAUGGUACUUGGCGUAUGUGCAUUGAUAGUGAUGGCGUGAAGGUUGAUCCAAGCAAGGUUGAAGCAAUUCAAUCAUGGCCUAGUUCUAAAACACUCACGGAGGUCCGUUCUUUCCAUGGGCUAGCUUCCUUUUAUAGGAGGUUCAUUCGGAAUUUUAGCACUCUCAUGGCUCCCAUAACCGAGUGCACAAAGAAGGGUUCGUUUGAAUGGACUCCACAAGCUCAAAAGGCAUUUGAAGAAAUCAAAGAGAAGAUGUGCAACACACCUAUCCUAGCACUCCCAGAUUUUUCAAAGCCAUUUGAAGUUGAAUGUGACGCAAGUGGGAAAGCGAUUGGUGCCGUGUUGAUUCAAGAGGGGCGUCCAAUUGAUUACUUUAGUGAGAAGUUGAGUCAAGGCAAGCUGAAUUAUUCCACCUAUGAUAAAGAGUUCUAUGCAAUGGUAAGAGCUCUAGAUCAUUGGUCACAUUAUUUGAGACCACAACCGUUCAUACUUCAUUCGGAUCAUGAGUCCUUGAGGUUUAUUCAUGGGCAAAAGAAGUUGAAUUCAAGGCAUGCAAAAUUGGUAGAAUUUCUGCAAACAUUUAACUUUUCAUCCAAAUACAAGAGUGGAAAGGCAAAUGUUGUUGCGGAUGCCUUAUCUAGAAGGCAUGAUGGUUUUCUUUUCAAGGAAAAUAGAUUAUGCAUUCCUAAGUGUCCAAUUAGAAGUUUGUUGAUUCAUGAAGUUCAUGGAGGAGGUCUGGCUGGUCACGUUGGGAUUCAAAAGACAAUGGAGCUUCUUCAAGCUCACUUUUAUUGGCCCAAGAUGUUAGCCACGGUUCAUCAUGUGGUUAGUCGUUGCUCUACUUGUCAAAGGGCAAAAAUGGUGUUCCAUAAGGGUCUUUACAAGCCUUUGCCAGUUCCCGAGAGACCUUGGGAAGAUAUUAGUAUGGAUUUUAUUGUAGCUUUACCUAGAACUCAAAGGGGUAAAGAUUCAAUAAUGGUGGUUGUUGAUAGGUUCUCAAAAAUGGCUCACUUCAUUCCAUGUCAUAAAACUGAAGAUGCCAUGAAAGUGGCUAAGCUAUAUUUUGAGGAAGUGGUUCGUUUUCAUGGGGUGCCACGCACCAUUGUGUCUGAUCGAGAUACAAAGUUCCUAAGUCAUUUUUGGAAGUCAUUAUGGCGUCUCAUGGGAACUAAGUUGCUGUUUUCUACAUCACAUCAUCCACAAACCGACGGUCAAACCGAGGUGGUGAAUAGAGUGCUUGGUUCUUUGCUUAGAACCUUGGUUAAUAAGAGCACCAAGGAUUGGGAUGUUAAGCUUGGUCAUGCCGAGUUUGCUUACAAUAGGACUCCUAGUGCUACUACAAAGUAUUCACCUUUUGAAGUAGUCUACGGGGUUAAUCCCUAUGUUCCUAUUGAUCUUAUAUAUUUUGGUGACUUAGUGUGGAUUUACAUGAGGAAAGAAAGGUUUCCUAGUCAAAGGAAAAACAAGCUCAUGCCAAGAGCUGAAGGUCCAUUUGAAGUAGUGGAAAAGAUCAAUGACAAUGCAUACAAGGUUGAUUUGGGUGGAAGCUUAAUCAAUCACACACACGGAAGUCCAAAAUGCUUCACAAACAAACCCUCAGGCACUCAAAACAGACCAAGAAGUCACUUUCUUGAUUUUCCGAUGUUGAUGACUGAGGCACUUUGUCUGCCUUGUAUGAUUACUCUACGAUAUUCACAAUGCAAGGAUGUUUUAAGCCUUGAUUGUAUUGCUACCUUGAGAAUACGAGUUGCUAUCUCCCAUUCUGAUCUUCAUGAUGCCACUCAUCCUGAGGAUACUCCAAGCAUACCAAGAUCAUUACAAUCCCCAAGAAAACAAGAGAGCCCCAAGCAAACGAAGAAGGGAACAGAAGAGAGCCCCAAGCAACCAAGGAAGGGAACAGGACAAACACAAGGCACUGUUCGAGAAUCUGACGACCAAGUCACCUUGAUGCACUGCCUGAGGAUUAACCACGAGCUUCCAGAGGGUGACCAAGGUGGAUAUAGCAACUGUAUACAUGGGCCUAGCCAUCAAGGGCCUAGGACCCUACUGACAAUCACCAUGGAAGACGGAGGGACCAGUGCAAGUUUUCAAUCAGUUCCAACACGAUUCAAGAGUAGACAAUCUCUGAAGCUAGAUUAA